UCUAUCCAGGUUAAACCACUGGAUAAACAAAAAUAGGAGAAAUCGGUGUUCCAAGGAUAAACAUGAAUAACGCUCUAGGAAGUAUUGGAUCCAGGCCUGGGUUGCCAGAUUUCAAAUCCCAGAACGUUCUAGGAGAGAAUAUUCGAUUAAACCAGGGCGGAUCCCUUCGGAGUUUACCUAACACCGACUUUAGUGUGUUUGGAUUACAAUCCUUGCUCGAGGAUCGGAGUAAACCUGAGAAUAUUAAUCAUAAUCCUAGCCCUUUAAGUUGCAUAGAGGAAGCUCUUGAAGGAACUAGUUUAGGAUCUGAGACUAUUCUGCAGGGAGCCAGUAUGGUUUAUGUUUCCGGAGCAGAACUUGAUACAAUAGAUAAAUCCAGUAUUACAAUUCAAUUCUGUAACGGACCUUGUUGCACUAGUAGAAUAAGAUAUGCUAAGCUUAGCAGUAGAUUAAGCAGACAGGAGGCAGCAGGUUCCUAUUCAAUCUCUAGUGGUUGUAGUUCUCCUUCUAGCCUGGAAGGACGGAAGGAGCAAGCUUCCGCCAAUUCUUUCUGGAACCCGGAGCAAGGUCAAUCUUGGAACCCGGACCAAGCUCAAACAUGGAACCCGGACCAAGGACAAUCCUUAUGGAACCCUGAUCCUACGACUGCUUCUUGGAACCCGGAGGUUGGAUGGAACCAAGAGAAACCUUGGCCUAGGACUCUACCUACCCUUGAGUUACAGGAGAACCAGGAAUAUACGAAUGGAGAAUUUCCGUUCUUUGGAUCCAAAUGGAGACAAACUAAUUAGGAACAGCGGUACAAAUAACAAACCUUCGUCUUUUUAUAUUUUUCCAUUAAUUAAUCGACUUACAACAGCAUUUAUACCAUUCUAUACCAAAAACAUGUAGAAAUUUAAAACUUAUCAAUUGAAAAUCUGGUUUCAGUACAAGACUGCAUUUUAACCCCCUUAGUCUGACUCUGAAAGACUGAAAAUGCGACAAUACAAUAAAAUACAAAACAUAGAUCAGUGUUAGCUGUCUUAUCUUUAGUGCUUAGGAUCAGGAUUAGCAAAAUAGACAGAAAUUUCUUCAUUUUUUGUUUAAUUAUGUAUGUAUAUCUCAUACAGCUUAUUAAAAAAUAGAGUUUAUUUCCUGUUUACGAAACGUUAUUACUAAUUAUCCGAUCUGAAGGAUUGAUCCUAAGCAAUAUUAAAGAUUUUCUGUGUUGUGCAAUUUUUAAAAUAUUUAAACUUCCCUUUUUCUUAUUAAUUCAUCAAUGUAUUUGUACAAUGUACAUGAUCAUCAUGGAUCACUUAUUUUAAUUAAUUAAUGCAUUUGUACAAUGAACAUGAUCAUGGAUCACU